UGAACAACAAUGCCACGGGAGUCAGUGCACGUUCGAGUUGGUACUAAGCUAACGCGCCGGUUAGAAACCGUAAAAGAAUAAAGAAAACAUCAACAGACAGACACACCGACUAAUUAGACCGCCGGGCACAAACUGCAAACAUCAUAAAUAACAUCUCAGCAGGUCUUAUCUAGCGCAGGAAACUACCAUUUUAGACGCAAAGAAAUCACGCGACAUCGCUUAGAUAUUUACAUUCAAAUAAGACAAAUAUGAACGGACCUUUUUUUUGAUCUCACGUGUCUGUUUGUUGUAAAAUGUUUGCUCUAUGUCUGCAGGCUCGGAGCUCGGUCCCUCCUCCUGCGGCUCUCCAGUCGGGCUUUGUUUACGGGGGCGAGCGGGCGUUGCACCUCGCGUCCCGACACCGCGCACGCGUGACUAAUUUAAAAAUAAAACUUAUAUUCGCCGCUGCACAUCCUGUGCGCCACACAAAUGUUUUAAAACUUACUACUAAUAACUUGUUCAUAACACCAACUUAGUUUGCAGACACAAAAAAGUUUCGUCUCGCAUUCCUUAAAUUCAAGUGUGCGAACUUGUGCAAAAUAUUUUGUGUUGUUGUUUUUCAAUCGAAGUGCUCUUCUGGUGCACUCUGAACAUUGUCUUAAUAUCGAAUUUAGAGAAACAGGUAACUUUACAGAGUAAUUGUGGCUCUGAGAAAUGGAUGUGUAUUAGGAUUUGUAAAUAGUAAAACGAAAAUGGAUUGGCGCGAAAAACUGUUGGGGAAGGUGUUGGUGAAAUGUGAGUCUGGGAACCAAAACGGUCAGUUCCAGAAUGUAUCGACGCUGGAGGCUCUGUCCGACUGCGUGGAGGAGGGCGAGGGCGCCGUGUGUGGGAUAUACUUUUCGUUCGCGAACAUAAGCGAUGCCAGUGACGAUUUCGGAGUGCGUUUGGAGGAGGUUUACAAGCGGGUGCAUCCUCGUUUGAAGGUGGUGCAGGUUGUGUUGUGGGCUCAUGUUGGUACUCCUGAGGGGCUGGUGGAGCGGGAGGCUGGCUUCAGAAGGAGCCUGACUGGGAAGCCGUGGUUCGCUGUGCCCUUCCAUGAUGUUGAUACUAAGCGCCGCCUCACCCAAAAAUUCAGCAUAGCUGUUGGUGUUCCUACCCUGGUGAUCCGGGGCCGGCAUGUCCGGGACGCGCUGCUGGACGAUCCCCUAGGUGACCGGUUCCCCUGGCCACCGCCCCCCCUGGCUGAGGUGCUGAGGGGGGUACAGCUGCAGGGUGACGGGGAGAGUCGGCUGUAUGAGGAGCUGCCAGCUGAUGCCGUCAGGGUGUUCUACUUUGCUGCUCAUUGGUGUCCACCGUGCCGGUCGUUCUCUCCGAGUCUGUGCGCGGCGCUGUCAGCUGUGCGCAAGCGCCGCACCAAAUAUGCUAACACACAACUUAUACUGGUGUCAAGCGACAGGAGCGAACAAUCUUACAACCGGUCAGUGCAGUCUGUAUCUUCAGUGGGAGCGCUCUCCGUGCCCUGGUCGGCGGCGGACGCGCGGGUCACCAUGCCGGCCGCGCUGGGCGUCGCCGGGAUACCCGCGCUCGUCAUCACUGACGGAGCCGGCAAGAUCCUCACAGCCAACGGGAGACAUCAUCUGAGUGCUGAUCCGCUUGGUGUGAACUUCCCGUGGGCGCAGCGGCCGGUGUCGGUGCUCACAGAACAAGCUCUGCUGAAGAUGGCUCGGCAUCCCGCUGUCGUUCUGUUUAUAGAUGACGAGGACUCCGAAAUAGAAUUCGCGGAAUCCGUGAUCACACCCUCGGCGGAAUCCUACUACGAGGAGUGCAGCAUCCAGUACCCCGGCUUUUGUCCGUACCAGAACUCGUCGGACGACGAAACCAUGGACUUCGACUACCCAACAUCCCGCCACUCCAGAAUGAAGAAGAAACCGUUCAAGCACGUCAUGUUCUACAUCGGGAUCGACGGCACUGAUAGCGCGGACAUGUUACGAGAGCAUAUUGGUCUAGAUGACGCUGUCCCCUUGCUGACUGCCAUAGACUUCCCUAAGCAGCGCCUGGUCACCAUGAAGAAUGGAGACGAGAUCACGACGGACUCGGUGCAGAACUUCGUGGAUGCCUAUUUGAGCGGGAAUGCUGAUUUUAAACCCUUGAAGCCGUAUAGUGAGAAAUGUUAGUUACCGAGCAAAUGGAUUACGUGACUUGAAUUUGUAUAAUGUUGAUAAACCUAAGGUUUUUGAGCUAACAAGCUUAUUGUGAUUUAAACGUAAAUGUAUCGAGUUUAUUUUUGGCAACAAAACCUAAUAAACGAACGGUCAACUAAUCUGUAAUAAUUAUUUAGUUCCCUCGAUUUUACCCUUCAAACUGUUCAAAGUAUGUUAUUUAUGAGGAUGUGAGCUAAAUUAUUAAGUUGAAUUCCUUUUACAAUUAUUUAUAAUAUAUUAUGAUGACAUUAUUAUAGAGUGGAAGUAAGCCGCACUAGUAAUGUUUAAAUAUAAGAGCUGAACGAACGCUUGGCCGAUAGAUGGCACUAGUUCGGUUGGCGAUAAAAAAACUGUUAUUACCGUGCUAUUGCUUUUCGAGUCACUAUAAAUUGGAAUACCUUUGGUUGCUCAUCAUACAAAUUCAGGAAACUAUUGUCCAACAUUUUAAAAUUACUUAUUACAUUUGUUAUUCCAGUAUUAUUUUAAUAGUUAUCUUUUAGAAACCAUUGUAUAAUUGUUUUGAUGUUAUUCAGUAGCGAUCAGAAAUUCAUUGUGUAAUUUUAAGAUAUUGUUUGUGAGUAGCUAAUUAGUAUAGAGAUGUAUGAACUAGGAAAUAAUUAUGUUGAUCGAAAUAGUUCAUCACCCAUGAUAAAUGAAAUUAAGUAAGAACUGGUAAAUAUAGCUAAAGUUUCCCUUAGAAAUUAUGAAAUAAGAUAGUAACGAUCUGCUGACUCAAUACUAGAAAAAAAACAAAUAAUCAAUGAUAGUCACAAACAAGCAACAUCACAAGAAAUAAUACGAUAACAGUUAAAAAAUGUGAUCGUUCCAUUAAAAAAGUAAAAAUGCAAUCGAGCAUUUACAUUUAAUUUUAUUGUUUGUCACCUAUUCUGUUAUUGCAGUAGCUUAUGAUCAAAGACAUAAUUAUUAAUAAAUUUUACGGUUUCUUGACUACAAAAAAUACUCAUGACUUAAAAAAUAAAUUAAACGUUCUCAAUAAAUUUGAUACAUUAAGAGCCGAUUUUUAUCGUAGGAUUUGAAAUAAUACAAAUAAAAUGGAUUAAGAAAA